CAGCUUCAGUUGGAAAAUGCCCCGGAACUGCGUCGCAGCCUGUGCUUUCCAACCGACGCCAACUGUUUCCCUUACUGCCGGGAAGAUAGAGUAUCCGGUUUCGAUGACUCGAUUUGCAGCGGUUAUCGGGCAGACAUGGCGGUGUGUAGGGUUCACCUGGACUCUGAUGCCUUCCUCGUAUGUUUGAAUCACGCUCUGUCCACAGAAAAAGAGGAAGUGAUGGGCCUCUGUAUUGGAGAGGUUGACACAAGCAGGAUUGUUCACAUACAUUCUGUUAUCAUCCUCCGUCGCUCAGAUAAGCGCAAAGAUCGGGUGGAAAUUUCUCCAGAGCAACUUUCUGCAGCCUCUACUGAAGCCGAGAGAUUAGCUGAUAUGACUGGUCACCCAAUGAGAGUGGUGGGAUGGUAUCAUUCUCAUCCACAUAUUACUGUAUGGCCUUCACAUGUAGAUGUCCGAACCCAGGCCAUGUACCAGAUGAUGGACCAGGGUUUUGUGGGCCUUAUCUUUUCCUGUUUCAUUGAAGACAAGAACACCAAGACUGGUCGAGUUCUCUACACAUGUUUCCAGUCGAUUCAAGCGCAGAAAGGUUCUGAGUAUGAACGAAUUGAAAUCCCUAUUCAUGUUGUACCACAUGAAACUAUUGGCAAAGUGUGCCUGGAAUCUGCUGUGGAACUUCCAAAAAUUCUUUGUCAGGAAGAGCAGGAUGCUUAUAGAAGAAUUCACAGUUUGACACAUCUGGACCCAAUUACCAAGAUUCACAAUGGAUCAGUUUUCACAAAGAAUCUGUGCAGCCAGAUGUCAUCCAUUAGUGGUCCUCUGCUACAGUGGCUGGAGGAUCGUUUAGAUCAGAACAAACAGCACAUCCAGGAACUUCAGCGGGAAAAAGAACAGCUCCUCCAGGAAUUAGCAGCCCUAAAAUGAAAGACAUUGUCAGAGCUCAGGAAAGUGAAAGCAGAUUCAUCAAUUUCUGAUGAGAAAGAAUGCCCUUUGAUUGCAAUAAAACUGUGUAGCAGAGCUUUUAUGUCAUGUUUAAGUCCUACUCAAUUUAUUAUCUUAAAUUAAGCCUGUCCAUCAAAUGGAAGGAAGCACAUAUUGGCUUUGGUUGGCUUUUCCACCAAAAGCGGAUUUGUUCCAGUUAUUGCUGGAUCUAAGCAUUGACACUUAAAGAGACCAGCACUGGAAUUAAUAGCUCUAUUUAUAUCAAGUUAUUGCUUGGAUUAGUUUACUGACAAUAUUAAGUAAUUAUUUGUUCAAUUAAACAAUGUGAUAACAGAAGUUGUUUAAUUAAUGUUACUUUUCAAGACCAGGGAAUUUGUUGAGUACUUGAUAAAUUGUCAACAAAAGAAAUGCGUACUUGUGUUUUUAUUUGCAGUUGCUUAAUAAAAAUUGAAAUUUAAGGCA